CGUUGUCGAGAGUUCAAUCUUAACACUGUAAACCCACCGAAGUCGGCUGGGAACGCCACAACCUUCCUCUUCUCUCUCUAUGCCAUCUCCCAAAGCCCAACGAUUUAUGGUGGUAUAUCCGUAAUUACCCGGAUUGGGCGAUGGGCAUUCCGUGCGACGACGUCGUUGUGAUCAAGGAGGGCAAUACUCCCAGCGAGCCCUCCGUCGUCACGGUCAAUUGUCCCGACAAGGCCGGCCUCGGCUGCGACCUCUGCAGAAUCAUCCUCCAGUUUGGCCUUUGCAUUACGAAGGGAGAUUUUUCGACGGAUGGAAGAUGGUGUUAUAUAGUGUUGUGGGUUGUUCCCCAUCACAGCUCGCUCAAGGUUGAUUGGGAGCGCUUGAAGGAUCGGCUUUCCUCUGCGUGCCCACCUUCAUGUUUCUUCUCUUUUUAUCUCAAUCAAGUCUCUAAUGUCCCCACACCUCCUCCAGUCUAUCUGUUGAAGUUUUGGUGCCAUGACCAGAGAGGCUCACUGCAUGAUGUUACCAAAAUCCUCUGUGAGCUUGAAAUUCUGAUUCAAAGAGUCAAAGUGAUGCCGACCCCAGAUGGCAGAGUUUUGGACCUCUUUUUCAUCACAGAUUGCUUGGACUUGUUACACACAAAACAGAGGAGAGAUAACAUAUGUGAGCAUCUGAUGGCUGCUUCAGGAGAGUAUUGUAUCACCUGUGAGCUUAAGUUGCCAGGGCCUGAGUAUGAAAGUCUGCAGGGGAAUUCUUCUCUUCCACCAGCCAUUGCUGAAGAAUUAUUUAGCUAUCAGCUGAAGGAUGAGGAAGCCUAUCCAAAAGCUCUCAGCUCAAAUAUGGGAGCGGUCAAAAAGGCUAGUAUUACAGUGGAUAACUCAUUGAGCCCUGUUCAUACGGUGCUGCAAAUACAAUGUGUUGAUCAAAAGUGCCUCUUUUAUGACAUUCUGAGGACUUCCAAGGAUUGCAAUAUUCAGAUCGCUUAUGGUAGAUUCUCUUCAACUAAGAAAGGCUUCCGAAAUUUGGACCUAUUUAUUCAGCAAACAGAUGGAAAAAAGAUUGGGGAUCCUGAAAGUCAGGUUGCGUUGUGUUCUCGUUUAAAGGAGGAGAUGGUUCACCCAUUGCGAGUGAUCAUUGCCAACAGGGGCCCAGAUAUUGAACUCCUAGUUGCUAAUCCAGUUGAGUUAUGUGGAAAGGGGAGGCCCCUUGUGUUCUAUGAUGUUACACUAGCACUAAAAAAAUUGAGAGUAUCUAUUUUCGCGGCUGAAAUUGUAAGGCAUUCAACUUUAGAUUGCCAGUGGGAAGUCUACAGAUUUCUUCUGGAUGAUAGUCGUGAAUUUCCGUUGGCAAGCAAACAAGCUAGAGGUAAGAUUGUAGAGAAAGUUAGAAGAACCUUGAUGGGGUGGUGAACUGUUAAUUUUCUCCCCUUUUGAGGAUUGCAGUCUUCCCAUCUAGUGAGUGUGCUGUACAGCAGUUCCAUAAAAAUAGUUAUAGUUAUCUGCACUAGAGGAGUGUAGAGUCUCUACUGGCUAUUUUAGGAUGAAGUUCACAGUUGUGUACUAGGACACUUCUGUGAGACUGCAGAACUAUGUUUGUAGCUUUUGCCGCAAGGCUUGCCGUCCUGCAUAAGUACUUCUGUUUUGUUCAAGUUUGGAACAUAUGUGUAUGUUGUAUUUUCAUCUUCUGCUUAUAUCGAAUGGAAAUGUAUUUUCUGUCUUC